GCCUUGAUCCCGGCGGGAAGGAGGAGAGGAGGAGGAGCAGGAACAAGGAGAGGAAGAAGAAGAAGAAGAAAGCGGGGAUCGUCCCGCUAAGCCGGGCAGGAUGGACAAGUACGACGAUCUGGGUCUGGAAGCCAGCAAGUUCAUCGAGGACCUCAACAUGUACGAGGCCUCCAAGGACGGUCUCUUUCGGGUGGACAAAGCUGCCGGCAACAACCCCGAGUUCGAGGAGACCAGGCGGGUGUUCGCCACCAAGAUGGCCAAGAUCCACCUCCAGCAGCAGCAGCAGCAGCAGCAGCAGGAGGAGAUGCUGAUGGCCGCGAUGAACGGAGGGGCUGCCGCCUUCCACCCGCCCCGUCCCAGCCCGCCGGUGGCGCGGGGUUCGAAGCCGCCCCCCGCCGCCGAGGGGCCGCGGGCGAGGCCCUGCGAGGGAGCGGAGCGCGGCUUCGGGGAGAGCGGCGCACGUGCCGAGGCCCCGGGGAGCCAGGCCGGGCGCCGGGGCUGGGAAGCGGAACCCGACAGGAUCCCCCGAGCGGGGGCCUCACAGCCCGGCGUGGGGCGCGGGGAGCAGCAGGCCGGGAGCCCCGGCGACCCCCAGCCCUGCCGCGGCGGGCAGGAGAACGGCGGCGAGGGCAGGCGAACUGUCGGGGGCCGUGAGCCGAUGCCAGCCGGACAGAGGUCCUCCUCCUUCACAAACGCCGGGACCCCCUCGGCACCCUCGGUGGGGCCAGAGGAGCCCCCGCCACAGCAGAGGUCCUCAUCCUUCUCGGCACCCUCAGCGCAGCCCGCUCGGGGGUUUUCAGGCUCCGCUGAGCCCUGCGGUCCCAAAGGCAGAGGAGACGGCGGCCAGCCGUGGUACCAGGGUGUCUCGCUCUCCUUCCCGCCAGGCUCCGCACCUGCUGCUCCCAGUGUGGAAUACCAGCACGCCGCUGCCUACCCCGGCCCAGGCGGUCACUUCGUGGCCCACGGUCAGAACCACAGGCCUGGCAGCGGGAACCCUGAGCCCGGCUCCUCACGCCUGGCUUCCCGAGGGAUGGUGGCUCCCAAUGCCCAGCAGAUGCUUUUCCCGGAGGGCGUGAGCGGGCCACGGUCAGACUCUGGGCACCUGGAUGGCUCCAGCACAGCAAAGGUGAAGCUGCCCUGCCAGACCCUCCUUCCGCAGCCUGAGCAAGGGCCGUCGGCGGCUGAGCUGAAGCUGGAGGCGCUGACCCAGCGCCUGGAGCAGGAGAUGGAUGCUCGGCCAAAGGCCGAUUACUUCGGUACCUGUGUGAAGUGCAGCAAGGGCGUGUAUGGAGCAAACCAAGCCUGCCAAGCCAUGGGCAACCUCUACCACGACAGCUGCUUCACCUGUGGAGCUUGCAGUCGAAAGCUGAGAGGAAAAGCUUUUUAUUUUGUCAAUGGAAAGGUGUACUGUGAAGAAGAUUUCCUGUAUUCUGGUUUCCAGCAGUCGGCUGACAGGUGUUUCAUUUGUGGUCAUUUGAUAAUGGACAUGAUCCUGCAGGCUCUAGGGAAAUCGUACCAUCCAGGCUGCUUCCGAUGCGUCAUCUGCAACGAGUGUCUGGACGGUGUGCCGUUCACUGUAGACUCUGAAAACAAAAUCUACUGUGUCAGGGAUUACCACAAAGUUUUAGCUCCGAAGUGUGCAGCGUGUGGACUUCCCAUUCUGCCCUCCGAGGGGUCUGAUGAGACCAUUCGGGUUGUGUCCAUGGACAAGGAUUACCAUGUGGAAUGUUAUCACUGCGAGGACUGUGGGAUGGAGCUGAACGACGAAGACGGGCAUCGCUGCUACCCACUGGAUGAACAUUUGCUUUGUCACUCCUGUCACCUGAAGCACAUAGAGAAUGGCACAACCCCAGCAGCUGCCUACCAGCACCACUACUAGUCACUGUGGCCAGCUUUGGGAAGCUGGGACAGAAGAGUUGUUACAUGAUCCCCCUCUCCCCGCCUUCAGCUGAUUUCCUGUGCAUGUUUUUUGCCAGUCAGCAAUGUUCCUGUCAAAGGAUAUGAGAGAUUUUUGCUGGAUUCACCAAGUUUGUAUGCUUGUGGGUUCCAGCUGCAUCAAACCAUGUCUAUUUGACCAAGAAUGUGGCAUGUUACCCAAACUGAUCAGUUUACUUUUACGUGUCUUUUUCUGCUGCCUGGAGAUUCCUCUGGGCUCGUUUUGGAAGAUUCUUCAGUGAAAGCACAAUUUGCUCUCGUGCCUAUGAACUCACAUCGUGCCAUGCACAAUUAAAAAGCCAGAGGCUGGCUUGCCUGCCUGCCUGCUGGGGACAUCCCAUUAGUCUACUGUUUCCUGAAAGCACAUUUCACCAGGUUCUCUGAACCUAUUAGUACCAGCUUUUUAGAGACUCUCCGUUUUUAUUAAUUCUUUAGGAAAACAAAAGAAAGAAGUCUAUGCAAAAUGGCACCCUCAGACCUUUCAGUUAAUUCCCUGAACUCCAGUAUCAAGUCUGGCUGUAAGAGUACCAACUCUCCAAGCACCAACCAGGCAAUGCUGUCUGGCAACUGGAGGCCAACAUCCCAUUUCAAACAGAACAAAAAACUGGAACAAGCUGGGCUAAGCUACUGCAGUGACUUGGGGCCCAGGCUUGUGUGUCAGCAUGACACACAGGGGCCAGUCUGCUGUGUCAGAGUCUGAAUAGUGGAUCAUAUUUGGAAAGGAAAGGUCAGGAUGCUGAAAGUGUGGACAUGGGGGAAAUCCACCCUCAUUCUUGCUUGCAGAGCUCUCUUUGGAAAAAAGCUCUCCAUACACAGACAGUUGCCUGGGUUUUCCAGUUUGUCCUCACAGCUCAGCCCUCAGCCUGGCUAUUCCUUUUCAUGGUGUUUACCCAGCACAAAGCCAUUUCAUAGUGGUGCUUAUUCAGAGUUUGUGGAGUGAACUUGGGAUUGUUAUGAAGGCUUUGUCACGCAGGGAUUUAGAGCCCAGCUCCACAACCUGAACUCAGAUGAGUAUGUUGGCAUAAACAGGUUUGCUCCUAUGAAUAAUAACAGCUUAUCUGAGCAAGGGGUUUGUGAGUUUGGCCCUUACUUUCCCUUCUGCUGAGAAAGCAGGAAGACAAAUUGUUUCUUUUCUUGACCCUCCCACUCCCCCGCUCCCUGCUUUAUAGUCAAAGCAAUCUGUUCCCCUGAUGUGUUACAUUUCUGAUAGGUGUGCCUGCAGUGCGUGUUCUGUCCCUAGCAAAGCUGUGCAGCCCCUCAUGUACUGGUACUUUUGUUUAACAAAAAGUUCUUAAUUUAAAGCUUCAGAUGCAGUUGGGGAUCUUAACUACUCUUUCUUUGUGUGGAAAAUUAGUUAAAUCCUCAUGUAUCUAUGCUGAAGGUGUAAAUUUGGUUCUGACUGGCAAAGGAUGGGAUGACAUUCUUGAAGAUCUUUUCAUUGUGAAAAUGACAAUAAAUUAGCUGAGCCAUGGCAGUGGGACUCCCAAAAUGUUCCCAUGCUGAAAACCCAUUACAGUUCAACCAAACUUCUUUUCCAAUAGCAGGGAUGUAGCUUGAACUUCACUUGAUGUAGUCAGACAGCAACGUGUGCCCAUCUGGAGCAGCGCAGGUGUCAGGUAGCAGCAAGUCUCUGCCUGUAAAUCAUCUCCCCGUGGCUGAAAUGUGAAACUGCCCCAGCCUCAGAGCUUGGUGGGCCUGGCCUGGAGUUUCAUGGUGCCAGCUGACCAUCCAGCCCUCUGUCCCAUCCAGCUGCAAGUGCCUCUGCCUGUUUGCACUGCCCUUCAGGAUAGGGAUGGCAGCUUGGGGCUGGAGGCUGGUCCUGCCUGGGAGCCAUCCAGAG